AUGAUCUGUUCUACUCCGUCCCAAGCCUCCCCUGUUGGUCGCGACGAUGCUGCGCACAAGGACGCUCAGGUACUCAUCCUCGGGGGCGGAGUAGCCGGUGUCAUCGCGGCCAGGACGCUUCACGAGAGCGGCAUCAAUAACUUCAAGAUCAUCGAGGCCCGCAGCGAACUUGGCGGGCGGAUGAAGAGCUUUGAGUUUGGUGUGCCCGGAAACCAGGUUACUUUGGAGCUUGGCGCGAACUGGAUUCAAGGGACGCAGGAUGGCGAUGGCCCUGCGAAUCCCAUCUACACGCUAGCCAAGAAACAUAACCUGACGGCCCAGGUCAGCGAUUACUAUGACAGCAUGACUACGUAUGACUAUACUGGCCAAGUAGACUAUAUCAAUGAAUUCAAUGCCGCAAUCGAUGCCUACACGAAUUUGACUAUUGUUGGAGGCGGUCGAGUCAAGGGCGCCCUGGUCGAUACAACAUCCCGCACUGGCUAUUCACUCGUAAACACGAAGCCAAAAACAGCUCAUCAAUUGGCCUCUGAAUAUUACAUGUUUGAUUGGGAGUACGCACAAACUCCUGAGCAGACAUCUUGGAUUGCAUCGUCGUGGGCCAAUAACUUCACGUAUGACCCUGACCAGGGCGGCUUCUCAGAAGAUAACCUGCUCUCCAUCGAUCAGCGCGGUUUCUCCCACCUCAUCAAGGGCGAAGCGGCCGAGUUCCUCACCAAAGACCACCUCCUUCUCAACUCCACGGUCAAUUCCAUCAAGUACUCCAAAAAUGGUGUCACAGUUACCCUUGUUGAUGGAACCAAACUGAGCGCGGACUAUGCCAUCUUGACGUUCAGCUUGGGAGUGUUGCAAAAUGACGAUAUCAUAUUCGAGCCUGCACUUCCAGACUGGAAAGCUGAAGCCAUCCAGAGCAUGACCAUGGCCACGUACACAAAGAUCUUCCUGCAGUUUCCAGAGAACUUCUGGUUUGAUACGCAGUUCGCUCUAUAUGCCGAUCAAGAGCGCGGAAGAUAUCCUGUCUGGCAAAGCCUCGAUCUCGAAGGCUUCUUCCCCGGCUCUGGGAUCGUCUUCGUCACCGUAACGGGAGACUAUUCUGAACGCAUCGAAGCGCUUCCUGAUGCGCAAGUCAAGGAAGAGGUUUUGGGCGUCCUGCGCGCCAUGUACCCGAACACGACGAUUCCGGACCCGACAGCGUUCCACUUCCCUCGAUGGUUCAGCGACCCGCUGUACAGGGGCAGCUAUAGCAACUGGCCGUCCAGCCUCGUCAGCGACCAUCAUCAGAACCUGCGCGCGACGCUCGAACGGCGGCUAUGGUUCAGCGGAGAGGCUAUGAGUCAAAAAUACUUCGGCUUCUUGCACGGCGCGUAUUUUGAAGGGCAAGACGCUGCCAAGAGCGUCGCUCGGUGUAUCCACGAGGGCGGUUGUCUGGGGCUGCCUCAUGUCGAACAGGUCCGCAAUGCCGUCCCGUACAACCUCAACUGAUGUGUGCGGUGAUAAUUGUAACGUGCGGCCCACGACCCCUUCUCACCCCCUCGCUUGCGGUGAUGCAUGCUACUUUCAGCGGCAUUGUCUCAUCGCGUCUAGUGUAUGUACAUCCAUAUCCGGCGUUGCUGCGCCGUUUGAUCGAAUGUAACCGACGACGGUAUAGCAUCCCGAAGUCCUUUUUUGCAAC